AUGGCCCCGUACUUGAACCUGACACGUCGAUGCGUGGACUACGGAUGUGAGCGGUCUUACGACUGGACCGAGACCGGCGGGUUGAUCGAGUGUUUUGGCCAAGAUGUCGACAACAUCUAUCACUACGGCCCCUCGAUCUUCCCGAUGCGCAAAACUUAUAUUUCCAACGAGGACGGCACGAUACAAUGGACAGCCAUCCACUGUUCGCAAUAUGAGCUCCAAAAAGCACAUCAAGCAGCGAUAUUCUUGGACGUCGCUCCUUACGGCCAUCUAUUCAACUGCCCAACUAUGCGGAACGAUAUUUGUGAGGAAUGCCCAAUCGGGACACUGCCGGAGAUGUUGAGCGGGGAUCUCGACGAGGCUUGUAAGCUCGUCGUUCUGCCCCCUGAGCACGAGCUAGGGUUAAUUGAGGGCCUGUCCUUUUUCGUAAGGAAUCAACUGGAUGCGAUGAGCAUCACCUACGAGCUGGAUCAGCCGUGCCCCGCGUGGGUUUUUCAUUCGUCCUGCUACCAAUGCGACGAGGGCUACCUGCCGGCGUUGAUCGGGAUAGGCCGCAUCUCACACUGCGUUGCGGCGAUAGAGACGACAGACCCCGAGAGACCGACGCGCCCUGAUUGUCCGCGCGGCCAGAUGCGAAUCGGUGACAUCUGCUGGGCUUGCCAGAAUUUCAUUCCCAAGUGCGAGGAGUGUAAUGCGAAAGCCCAAUGCAAACGAUGCGAAUCCGGCUACACCCCGCUCCGCAGCCACCACCGCGUUACGUGCGUUCCGCUGUGCCCAAGAGGGCAGUACUACGACCCGGAGACGCAGCGCUGCACAGCAUGCCCAUUCUGGUGCCGUCAUUGUGAUGUGUAUGGCUGCCUGGAGUGCGCCACCGGACUCUACAGGCUCAGCACCAAGGUGCAGAUUGGCGAAAACUGGUCCGAGCGGCUAGAGUGCCGCUACAAUUGCCCGCUACACUACUACCCGUUGCACUAUUUCCCGUAUCGCUGCGAGCCGUGUCAUCCUUCGUGCUGGGGAUGUUGGGGCCCCACUGAUGAGCAGUGCCUGGACUGUAAGACUGUUGGAGUAUUACUGCUACUAAAGGAGAAGACGAUCAAAUGCGAGGGUUCCCUCAACGACCAGCUCAGCGGCGUCAAGAGCCUGAACAGGCUGGCAGAAGCGAGGCUGACAAUUGAGGAGCAAUACCAACACACGCAUCGCGAGUACUCGAGGUCGGCCACCGGCGCCGCCAUCUUUGUCCGUUCCCUUGAAUUGUUACAACACCUGCCCACCAGCUCUGUCAUGCCGCCACAUUGUCGACGAAAAGCGGACGGAAGCACUAACCAUUUUACCAAGUGCCCCACCUGCGCACCCGGCUACUGGAAGGAUUUUAGCGAUGGCUGCGUAAAGACUUGUCCAAAUAGCACCUUCAAAGGAUUACCCGACGCUUGCGUACCAUGCUUGGAGCCAUAUCUGUGCAAUCAGUGUAGUUGGUCCGAAAAGUCAUGGGGGAUGCUUCGAAACGACACGGCGAACUUGUUGAUCAACGCCAAUUACAGCUUUCACUCGGAUCUCGGCAUCGACCAGGUCUGCCGCGAAGAGACCGAAGAACGCUUGGUGCACAGCUGUGAUCCAAUGUUGGCUUGGAUUCGAUGGCAGAUGCAUACAAGAAUGCCACCACAAAGCCGGCUACCGUACGAUCAGCCCCGUUCCGGGGAUGAGGUUUUGCCGUUGGGAGCCGCUGUUGAGCUCGCAUCCUCAUCAUCAAAUUCCCGGAAGGCGCUCGGCCCGCUCAUGCAAGCCCAGCGCGUGAUCGUCCGCCACAGUCUCCGAGACCGAGCUCGUCUCAACAUGCGCCUCAAACGAAACCUCGAGCUACGGAAGAUCGAGGCAAAGAAGCAAAAGGCCAAGUCCAAGUCGAAGAGCAAAUCAUUAUCCCUCGGAACAACACAAGAAAGCCACCAAGGAACCCUCGAUGCGACGUCGUUCACCAGAGAGACGACCGACCGGACGCGGACUACGUUAUACACCACCGAACACCCGACGACAGUAGCCACGAUGCAAACGAUCGAACAUCCCGCCUGCAAUACGCCAAACACCUCUGAGCGUCGGACCUCGACAGCUGCUGUAGUCUGCCGGACCCCAUGUCCAAGUUCCACCGAUGCCCCUAAUCACUCGGCGCCAGCACCGGGGGCCAGCACUUCCGGUGAAGACUCCCCUCCUAAUAAUGCCAAUCGCAGCCCCACCUACUCGGGC